AUUGGAGAACUGGAAUGGCAUUGAGCUUUGGCAGGCUAGGGACCUAUUGACUUGUUUGUUUGUUCAGCCCACCAUUUCAGGACUUGAAAUGGGUGGGGAGCAGACUCAAGCGAGGACGUCAAAAAACACGUACUUCUGUAUGUAGACAAAGGAGAGAAAAAGCAAGACUGAGAAGCAGGGAAUCACAGCCCACAACUGCCACAAAUAUGGCUGAGAGGACUGAUGCAACCCUGCUGGACCUGGUAGGAAGUGCAUCAUUGACUGGAGCUGUGGAGGUCAUUGGCGGGGAAAGAGACACCCAGGCCCUAGUGGAUGUGGUGGAUGCCACCACUGACGUUCUGGAGGAAGAUGACGACAAUGAUUCAGUUUUUUACAAUAGGGAAACUGCAUUGCCAGGCAUCUGCAAAGAGGGCAUGAGAGGGGCUGAUCUCAUUUCCUGCCCUCUAAUGGCCUCGCUGGUGCUAGGGCCUAAUAAUGCAGACACCAGUGAGGCUGUCACAAAGCCUGCCAGAAACCCCAGCCCCUUGGAGUCUGAAGAUCCGCUUGGUGCCAGCUAUGGCAGCGCCGACCCCCUUUCCGACCAGAGCAGAGCUGUGCAGUCUGAGGACAAGGGCACUCCCCUGAAUCUGAUGGAAUCAGAACCUCAAACUGAACCCCAAGAGGGUUCUUGCCUACCCACUGCCCAAAAUCCAGGAGGAACUGAAAUAAAAAGCUCAGCAGGUUCGUCUGGACUGGAGUUGGACAGAAAAAAAGGGAGAGACGAAGUGAUAUCAGUGCCGCAGAUGGCACAGGAAGUGACGCCGCUGGCUGCCUCAGUACCCGUGCUUGAGAAGGAGGAAGGUCAGGUGAAUGGGGAUGAAAAGGCCCCAGCAGAGGGGCCCAGCGAGGAGCUCAUGAGUGAGAGCCAGGAUGAGCUGGAGGAGGAUGAGGAGGGGGAGGAGGAAGAGGUGACUGAAGGUGUGCAGCAGGAGAGCAGCUCAGAGGGCUCUCAGAGCUCACAGGGAGCCAGCCCAAGGUGCAGUGUCCAGUCCUCUGGAGAGAUGUCCCCUGGGGGCAGCCAGAAAUCAUCCACGAGCCGCCACAGCAACUCCAAGUACAACACCGUCUCUUACCGUAAGAUCCGCAAAGGAAACACGAAGCAAAGGAUCGAUGAGUUUGAGUCCAUGAUGCACUUGUAAAAAGGCACAUUACUGGUCAAAUGAGUUGUGUAGCCUUCACCAGCCAGAGAAGAGAAGAAAGUGUUAAACUUCAAAUCAUCAUUAAAAAUGUCAAUAUUUAUGCCACAAACUGGAAUGUUACACUAUUAGAUUUCAUAAGCUUUGUGUUCCUUCAUAAGUUUCAGAUUUUUAAUACUGCUCACACUUAAUGGUGAUGUCACACACAGAAGCAGUAGAUUGUGACAUCUUUUGCGUUAGUUGAUUCUUACCGCAUGGUUUUACAUCUUAAAUAAAAAUACAUAUAUUUUCACCUCUGCUUGAAAUUAACUUUGCAGUCAUAAUCUGGUUCAAAAUGCAAAUUGUAACAAUAGUCAAACUUGGAGAAUAAAUAAAGGGAGUGGGAAUUAAAUUAUUUUACUAACGUUAUAACUAAACCGAUGAAAACAUUGGUAGUGGUUAUAUCAAUAAAAUGAAAUUGUAUGUUUGUAUUGUAGCAAUUAUAUACGCUUGCAGAAGUUGUAACAAGUUAGUUGAGUCUAUUGGUCAUAAAAGACAAUGUUGAUCUACUGGAUUGUUUUACUUCUGAAAGCAAUGUCUCACUAAGAAAAUUAUUGGACUGACAUGGGUUGAAGUGGCUGUUUUGUUUACCUUUAACAGAUUUAUAAUUUGUUUUAAGUUUGUUUUUAGUGAUUAUGCUACACAGGGCUUUAGUUAUAACAGAGUAUGAUUCUGUUAUCCUAAUACUAUACACUCUCCUUUCAAUGAAACUUAUUUACAUUAAACUAGGCAUGGAAGCACUUGUAAAAAAGUUGCAGGCACCAUAGGUUUAUGUAGAAGUCAAAAUACAUCUGCAAGAAGCAAUGGCUGGGAAUCAAAGACAACAUGUCAUGUUGUCAUGAAAAAUCAGGACUGGUGUCAAAAGUGCGAUCAAUAAAGUAUGUUAGAAGUGUAAUGCUUUGCAUGCAUAUAGUUCAUUUAAAACAAUGUUUUUGUAAAUUAAGGAAAAUAAAUAUUGCAGCAUUGCUGUCAUGUGACCAACAA